GAGACAUGACAGGAGGACAAGCUAAUAGUUAGCUCUGUGAAAGUUCAGAGGAAUUUAAACAGGAAUUGCAAAUAAAUUCUAAAUUUAACCGGUAUCAUAUGUUGUCGCACUGGCGCCAAAUGUUCUCACCGUGUUGUUUUAAGUGUGUGUGUGUCGGUGUUACGCUGACUUGAGUUACCUGACAAGGUACAGUAAGCUAACGUUAGCAAGCUAGCAACACCAGUCAAAGUUACCUUCACACAGUUUAAGACAUAAAUACGAGGUAAAAACUUUCUCUGUGGAGUGAGGGGUUCGUGUUAAGGGUUUUUUUAUUUUUAAAAACGUAAUAAAAAGCAAAAAUACAGACAUAAUGCCUAAAGAUUUAUACAGUGAAACUCCAUAGAGAAAUCAGCCCAUUAUCAGAAUCAACAUGUAUUAUAUUCUAAUAGGGAAUUGUCGUUUCAUCGCCGUAAAUUAAAGUUAAAAAUGUCUUAAGUUUGACUUAAUAACAAGAGCUGACAGUUUGUUUCAUAGGCCGAAUGAAAAAAGUCCCAUUUUUAAGCAAAUUUUGUCGUUAUUUGUCACAUUUUUUCAAGACGCUGUUGAACUUUGUCACAAUGCGACGACUUUUGACAAGAGUCAUAAAUAGAGUUUUGCUGAGUGAACCGUUUACACAUGCGAUGGGCUUUGAAGCUGAAAUACACUCACACGCCCGCCGGAAGCUGGUGGUGGGGCUGGGUAACCCGGGGAUGGAUGAUACCAGACACAACGUUGGCAUGGCGGUGCUCGGCGAGCUCGCUGCCCGGCUCGGCGUGGCUGACCGUUGGCGCGGCGACAAGCACGUGUCUGGUGAGGUCAUCGUGUCAGAGGUCCAACACACACGAGUGGUGCUGCUCCGUCCCAGGCUGCUGAUGAACAUCAACGGGGUGUCAGUGGCCAAAGCAGCUGGUAAAUACGGCAUCAAGCCUGAAGACGUCCUGCUGGUCCACGAUGAACUGGACAAACCUCUGGGGAAGAUCGCCAUCAAACAUGGAGGAAGUGCCAGAGGUCAUAAUGGAGUCCGCUCCUGUGUGGACUGUCUUCAGACUGAUGUGAUGCUCAGACUUCGUGUCGGGAUCGGACGGCCGACGGGGAAAACGGCAGUGGAUCGUUACGUUCUGGGUCGGUUCUCCUCGGAGGAGAAGAAGGUUCUGGACUCUGUUCUGGUCCAGAGCGUGGACCUCCUCCUCUCCCAGCUCUCCCAGCAGGACUCCCAGUCCCCCUCCUCCUCACCAGCAGGGGGCAGACAAGCAGCAGGGAAGAGAGAGGGGAGGGAGCGCUCGGCCUCUCCCGCUGAAGACUCUGCUGCUGCUCAGAGCUGAAGUUUCAAACAGCUGCCUCGAGGAGGAAACGUGACAUAAGAUGAAACAUAAAGGUUCAUCACUGAGACUGUAUUUAUUCUCUGGCUGUUAAAAGGCUUAAAAGAGACAAUCUACCUCUGAAACUGCACGAAAAGACUCAACAUGAUACAACCACGCAGACAGACGAGCUCCUUUUAAAAGCAGAGCUGCCUCUGCUGAUGCGUUUGUACGUCAGCUGGUUCAAGAACGAAACAUUUCCUUCAUAAAAAGAUAAAAACCUCAAUGAACUGAUUCUGUUUUUAUUCACAUUUAUCUGAUUGUUGAUUCUCGAUUCCUCAAAAACCUGCGAACGAGUUCAGUCAAAGUUGGUGGAAAGAAUUUGUUA